CGGUUGGGGCGGUUCUGGAGGAUUUUUGGGGGGGUUUUGGGCUCUUCCCCGGGGGGCAGGAGCGGGAGGAGCUCUGCCGAACGCGGAACUUGGGGUUUCCUAUCGCGCAGAAGAAGCAGCAGUUUUGAGGAAGAGCAGCCGCAGGAUGGAGGGCGCAAAUGGUUAUGAGCCUUCGCGUUUCGGAGCUGCAGGUGCUGCUGGGCUACGCGGGCAGGAACAAGCACGGCCGCAAACACGAACUGCUGACCAAAGCCCUGCACCUGCUCAAGGCUGGCUGCAGCCCCGCCGUCCAGAUGAAAAUCAAAGAACUCUAUAGGAGAAGGUUCCCCCAGAAAAUCAUGACCCCAGCAGACCUGUCCAUCCCCAGCGUGCACUCGAGCUCCAUGCCAGCCACGCUGUCGCCUUCCACCAUUCCACAGCUGGGCUACGACGGCCACCCCGCCACGUCCCCCCUGCUCCCCGUGUCACUGCUGGGACCCAAACACGAACUGGAACUGCCCCACCUCACCUCGGCCCUGCACCCCGUGCACCCCGACAUCAAGCUGCAGAAACUGCCCUUUUAUGACUUGUUGGAUGAGCUGAUCAAGCCGACCAGCCUAGCCUCAGAUAACAGCCAGAGGUUUCGAGAAACCUGCUUUGCCUUCGCGCUGACGCCGCAGCAAGUGCAGCAGAUCAGCAGCUCCAUGGAUAUUUCUGGGACCAAAUGUGACUUCACAGUACAGGUCCAGCUAAGGUUUUGUUUAUCAGAAACCAGUUGUCCACAGGAAGAUCACUUCCCACCCAAUCUGUGUGUGAAAGUCAAUGGGAAACCAUGCAGCCUUCCAGGCUACCUGCCACCAACCAAAAACGGUGUUGAACCAAAGCGCCCCAGCCGACCAAUCAACAUUACCUCACUCGUCCGUCUGUCCACCACGGUCCCCAACACCAUCGUGGUGUCCUGGACUGCAGAGAUCGGCAGGAACUAUUCCAUGGCAGUGUACCUGGUGAAGCAGCUCUCCUCCACGGUGCUCCUGCAGCGGUUGCGGGCCAAGGGAAUCCGGAACCCGGAUCACUCCAGAGCACUGAUUAAAGAGAAACUAACUGCUGAUCCAGACAGUGAAAUAGCAACAACCAGCCUAAGAGUGUCCCUGCUUUGUCCACUUGGCAAGAUGCGCCUGACCAUCCCCUGCAGGGCCCUGACCUGCUCCCACCUGCAGUGUUUUGAUGCCACUCUCUAUAUCCAAAUGAAUGAGAAGAAACCCACCUGGGUGUGCCCUGUGUGUGACAAGAAGGCUCCUUACGAGCAUCUCAUCAUUGAUGGGUUGUUCAUGGAAAUCCUGAAGUUCUGUACAGAUUGUGAUGAGAUCCAGUUCAAGGAGGACGGGUCCUGGGCUCCCAUGAGGUCCAAGAAGGAAGUGCAGGAGGUGACAGCAUCCUACAACGGCGUGGAUGGAUGCAUCAGCUCCUCCUUGGAACACCAGGUGUCCUCUCACCAACAAUCCAACAAAAACAAGAAGGUGGAAGUGAUCGACCUGACCAUCGACAGCUCCUCAGAUGAGGAGGAGGAGGAGCCCUCAGCCAAGAGGAGCUGUCCCUCCAUAUCCCCAGCAUCACCCAUGAACAACAAGGGCAUUUUAAAUUUACCCCACCAAGCUUCUCCUGUGUCAAGAACCCCGAGCCUUCCUGCUGUGGACACCAGCUACAUCAACACAUCCCUCAUCCAGGACUACAGGCAUCCAUUCCAUAUGACACCCAUGCCUUAUGACCUGCAGGGUUUAGAUUUCUUCCCUUUCCUGUCAGGUGACAAUCAGCAUUACAACACCUCCCUCCUCGCCGCCGCCGCCGCCGCCGUCUCGGCCUCGGACGAUCAGGAACUUUUACACUCCCGCUUUUUCCCCUACACCUCGUCCCAGAUGUUCCUGGAUCAGCUGAAUGCAGGGGGCAGCAGCUCCCUGCCAGCCACCAACGGCAGCAGCAGUGGCAGCAACAGCAGCCUGGUCUCCUCCAACAGCCUGCGGGACAACCACGGGCACCCCGUGGCCAGCAGGAGCAGCACGGACACGGCCUCAAUCUUUGGUAUCAUACCAGAUAUUAUCUCCUUGGACUGAUUUAUUUCUAUUUUUUUUUGGGGGGGUGGGUGGGUUUGGGGGGGGUUGGGGACAGAGGAAAUCUUCGUGCUCGGUUUUCCUUUCUGUUUGGAGAAAAAAAAAAAAAGUUAAGACAAGGUGGUUUUUUUUUUUCCUUUUUUUAAAAAAGGGGAAAAAAAAUUUAUGUGUACAGAGAACAAAAAAAAAAAAGUCUAUUUUCAGUUUUACUUUUGUAUAUAAACCUAAGAUGGCCUCGCUGGUAAAAAUAAGAAAAAAAAAGACAAAAGAGAAAAAAAAAUUAAGAAAAACAAGGAGCUUCAGUUCAUUUUUAUGGAUGCUGAAGAUUUUACACCUGUGCAUUUGUCAUGUGAGUUUCUUUCCUUUUCUUUUUUCCCCCCUAUAGUUUGAACACCAAUGGCAUUAUUUUCUCCACUGUUAAAGAAACAGGAGAGGAGCUGAGCUUCUAAAGUUCAAGCGUGGGGAGAGGGGUUUUUUCUCCUCUUGGAGAAUUUCCCUUGGCUGGUGGAAUCUGAUUCCCCCAUCCCAUAUUUAGUGCAGAUUUUAUAAUUCUGGCAGCAGAGCACACCCUGCUCUGUCUGCAGCCCGGAGCCUUUCAGGAGUGGGGUUGUUUUCUUGGGAUUUUUUUGGCAUUUCUGGUUCCAUGUGCCCCUCUACCCAGGCCAGUUCUCCUUUUGAAUUCCAUGCUUUCGUCAGGAAUGUUGCAGAUUCAUCCAGGGAAUGACACGAAGCUGACUGGGAGGUUUAGGUUGGAUUUCAGGGAAAAUUCCACCUCCAGAGGGUGUGGGGCACUGCCCAGGCUCCCCAGGGAAUGCUGACAUUCCCAAGGCUGCCAGAGCUCCAGGAAUGCUGGGCAGAGCUCCCAGGGAUGCACAGGGUGGGAUUUUAAGAUGCCCUGUGCAAGGACUGUGAUCCUUGUGGGUCCCUCCCAACUCAGAAUAUUCCAGAAUAUUUUUGGGAUUCAGUCACUCCUGAGGGCCUGACCCCGUCAAAUCCCAGCUGAGCAGUGACCUGGGGACAAGGUGUUCCAUUGCUGUGGAGCAGAGCCCCAAAGCUACAUCAAAUCCCAGCUGAGGAGUGACUUGUUGAGGAAUUCAUUGGGAAAUGAGUUUGGUUGUUCCAUCUCUGUGGAGUGGAGCCCCAAAUCCCAGCUGAGGAGUGACUUGUUGAGGAAUUCAUUGGGAAAUGAGUUUAGUUGUUCCAUCUCUGUGGAGUGGAGCCCCAAAUCCCAGCUGAGGAGUGCCUUGUGGCAGGAUUUGUUCCAUUUUUGUGCGGUGGAGCCCCAGCCCAAAGCCUCCCUUGGGCUGGAGGGUUUUGUUCCUCAGAACUUCAGUCCUGCUCAGAGAGCUUCAGCUCUGCCUGAGCAGGAGUCAGUGUCCCCUGGGGGAGCUGCUUUAGGCUCAGCCUGAGCCCCUGCCAGGGCCUGCCCAGGGUCAGUGCCCAGCACGCCCUGCAUGCCCAGAGCUGAGUGCUCCCCCUGGGUAUUCCCUGCUCAGAGCCAGCCUGAGCCCAAACCCACCAGGAGAGCCGGACUGUUCCUCCCCAUCCUGCUCUUUUAGGGGUGCUGCCUCCCAAAAUUCACUUUUCUCUCAGAGUUCUUUGGAGUCCCUGGAUUUUUUUCAGCCGUAUUUAAUUCCUGGUUUCUUUUCUCAUUGUUUUUAAGUUGUGCAUGACAUAGGAAUUUUUUUUUUCUUUUUUUUUUUUUGGGUCAUUUGGGCUGAUCCGUUUUCCUUAAGGAGUGGAAUGUGUAAAUAGCUGGAAUGCAGAUUUUUUUCAGGAGAUUCUUUAAAGUCAGAGAAAGGGGGAGGGAAGGAAGUGAUUCUCUUGUGUCCCAAAGUCCAUGUCAGAGAGAGUAAAUAUUUCCUCUGGUGUGAAAAAUAUUUUUAUAACUGGUUGAAAGUGCAGGUAUUGAGUUUAUCAGGAAAAAGAGAGUUAAGGAAUACUAAAAUUAGCAGAUUCUUGUCUGAAUUUUUUCAUGUCCAAAAAAACCUGUUGGUUGCAAAUAGUUGCUUCAAGCAUUGACAAGGGCCACCUUUUGCCUAUGAAGUCGUCUCAAAAAAAAAAUAAAUAUAAAUCUUGCAUUGAUUAAAAAAAAGGAAAAAAAAAAAGGAAAAAAUUAAAAAAAAAACAAGAAAAAAAGUAAAAAAAAAAAACCUUUAAUCCAAGUAGCAUUAGGUAUUGCUGUCUGAUCAGUCGUAUGGUUAUUUGAAAGGUUCACAUGAUGUGGCAUCAAAAAUUGUUUUUAGUGUUUUUACAGCAUCCCUCUGCCACUAAAUAGUUGACUUGAAUUUUGGAAAAAGGAAACUGUUGGUGUUUAUAUGUAUAUGUGUGUGUAUAUAUGUAUUUAUAGAUCCGUGUGUGUGAGUUCCAGGUGAGUUCAAUAGUUUUUUCCCAUGCAUGUGUAUUUCAUACAUAUCUGGCUGAUAUAUUCUAUUUCACCAUACACCGAUUUUAUAAUUUAUUAAAUGUCAGUUAAAAAAAGAAAAAAAAAGAAAUAAAAGGAUAGAAAAUGGGAAAGACUUA